AUGGACUCCGUCAAACGGAUAACAGACGACUUGGAAAAGCCCGACCUUGACGAUCGAUCGUACCGGGUCAUCCAGCUUCACAACAAGCUCGAGGCCUUGCUUGUCCACGAUGCCCAGACGGAUAAAGCCAGCGCAAGUCUCAAUGUCAAUGUUGGCAACUUUUCAGAUGAGGAAGAUAUGCCAGGCAUGGCACAUGCCGUCGAGCAUCUGCUUUUCAUGGGAACCGAGAAGUAUCCCGUAGAGAACGAGUAUUCCUCCUAUCUUUCCUCCAAUUCCGGUCACUCGAACGCAUACACCGCUGCCACGCAGACGAAUUACUUCUUUGAGUGCGCCGCUUCGCACGAGUUCAACGACAACAUCUCCAACGGCGUGGGAAAUGCAACUUCCAACACCCUGGCCGCAGGUCCAUUGUAUGGCGCGCUUGAUAGGUUCGCCCAGUUUUUCGUCAAGCCUCUGUUUCUGGAAAGUACGUUGGAUCGUGAGUUGAGGGCCGUGGAUUCCGAGAAUAAGAAGAAUCUACAGAGCGAUGCAUGGAGGUUGUCGCAGCUGGCCAAAUCUUUGUCAAAUCCCCGUCAUCCGUACCACCACUUCUCGACGGGGAACCUGCAGACGUUACGGGACGAUCCCGAGAAAAGAGGUGUCAGGAUCCGCGACGAGUUUAUCCGUUUCUAUGAACGACACUAUUCUGCGAAUCGGAUGAAGUUGGUUGUCUUGGGCCGUGAAUCUUUGGACGAGCUCGAGAAAUGGGUCGUGGAACUCUUUUCCGAGGUCAAGAAUAAAGAUUUGCCCCAGAACCGCUGGGAUGGUGUUGAAAUGCUGACCAAAGAUCAAUUGUCCACCGAGAUCCUUGCGAAGCCGGUCAUGGAAUCACGCUCCCUGGAAAUCAGUUUUCCAUGGCAAGACGAAGAAGAGAUGUACGAGACCCAGCCAGCCAGAUACAUCAGCCACCUCAUCGGCCAUGAGGGACCUGGAAGUAUUCUCGCCUAUCUGAAGGAGAGGGGCUUGGGUCAGACUCUUUCAGCCGGUUAUCACCCUGUCUGCCCUGGGUCGGCAUUCUUCGAAAUCGAGAUUGGGUUGACGCCCGACGGCCUCAAGAAUUACCACGAGAUCGUCAAGAUUGUGUUCCAGUACAUCGGAAUGAUGAAGGCUACUCCGCCUGUGGAGUGGCUGCACCAGGAGAUGAAGAAUAUGGCCGAGGUUGACUUCAGAUUCCGCCAGAAGUCCCCAGCAAGCCGGUUCACAAGUGCGACGAGCAGUAUCAUGCAGAAAGAACUACCCCGUAACUGGCUCCUGAGUGGUACCAGCAAGUUCAGGAAGUUUGAUGCCCAAGCCAUCACACAAGCGAUGCAAUAUCUCCGCGAGGACAACUUCCGGCUCAUGCUGGUGGCACAAGAGUACCCCGGUGACUGGGACCACAAGGAGAAAUGGUAUGGAACCGAGUACAAGGUGGAUAGCAUCCCAACGGAUGUUUUGUCGGAAGUGCGAAAGGCCCUGGCUUCCCCAGGAAACCACGCCAUCGAGGAUCUCCAUCUUCCACACAAGAACGAAUUCAUUCCCACCCAGUUGGACGUGGAGAAGACAGAGGUCAAAGAACCUGCAAAGACCCCCAAAUUGCUGCGCAACGAUGACGUGGUUCGUCUAUGGUGGAAGAAGGAUGACACUUUCUGGGUCCCCAAGGCCAACCUCAACAUCAAACUCCGGAACCCAGUCACCUACGCCAACCCUGCCAAUUAUGUCAAGACCGUCUUGUUUGUCAGUCUGGUUAGGGAUGCCCUGUCGAGCUAUUCUUACGACGCUGAGAUCUCUGGCUUGGCGUAUGCUGUUGGGGCCAAUACACUAGGCGUGGACCUGAGCGUGCACGGUUAUAACGACAAAAUGGCGGUUCUCCUGGAGAAGAUCUUGAUCACGUUGAAGAACCUUGAGAUCAAAGCUGAUCGAUUCGAGAUCAUCAAGGAGCGCAUGGCCAGAAAGUACAAAAAUUGGGCCUUUCAGCAGCCAUAUUAUCAGAUUGGGGAUUACACCCGAUGGAUCCUGAGUGAACGGGGGUGGAUGAACGAUGUCUUUGCCGCAGAGCUCCCGUACAUUACGGUCGACGAUGUCCGAACCUUUGCGCCUCAGCUCCUGCAACAGGCCCAUAUCGAGGUGCUGGCUCACGGCAAUUUGUACAAAGAGGACGCUAAGAACAUUGCGAGUCUGGUCGAGUCAAUACUGGCGCCACGCGCGUUACCUGUGUCACAGUGGGAGAUUAGAAGGAACGUGAUUGUCCCUCCGGGAAGCGACUUUGUGUACAAGCACACAUUGGGCGACCCGGCCAACAUCAACAAUGCGAUUGAGUAUUAUUUGGACGUCGGUCAUGUGAUGGAUAUUCCCCUCCGAUCGAGGCUGCAGCUGUUUGCUCAAAUCACUGACGAACCUGCCUUUGACCAACUUCGAACCAAGGAGCAGCUCGGUUACGUGGUCUGGAGUGGCGUGAGACCGGCGGCAGUCACGAUGGGAUACCGAGUCCUCAUACAAAGCGAGCGAGAUCCGGAAUACCUUGAGACCCGUAUUAACGCGUUCUUGCUCAAGUUUAAGGAGGAUUUUGAGUCGAUGUCGGUAGAGGACUUUGAAGGGCACAAACGCAGUCUGAUCAACAAACGAUUGGAGAAGCUCAAGAACCUUGACUUCGAGACCAAUCGCCUGUGGGCUUAUAUCAGCGGUGAAUAUUACAACUUUCACCAAGUCGAUCGGGAUGUUGCCGUCAUCCGGCAACUCACGAAGGAUGAUAUCAAAGCAUUCUUUGCGCAGUACAUUGAUCCACAAUCACCCACCCGAGCCAAAGUCUCGGUGCACCUCGAAGCACAAGCUCUCAAGGCUCCAGUGGAACAGCUUCCAGCAGACAAGAGAGAUGAACUGGUCAAAGUUCUGAAGAGUCUUGACGUGGACGUUGACGAAGCCAAACUCAAGACACGUUUCGCGAAGGUCGACCUGGCGGAUGAGACCAGUGUUGUCGGGGCGAUUCAAGAAUACCUUGGCACCUCGGUCUCCGACUCAAAGACAGAAGAGAUACGGGAAAAGUUAAAGGAGCUCACACCAAAGAUCAAGCCGGUCGAGGCCCCGAACAAUACAGCGGCGAUACCUGUAGUCAUCACCGACCCCUAUCGGUGGAAGGCUGGGUUGCAGGUCAGUCAAGGACCCACUGCAAUCGAAGAUGUGCGGGCCUAUGAGGACCUAGAAUCCAAGCUAUGA